AUGUCCUCGUCCGCCGACGUACCCUCGGAUGCGGACCUCCGCUCGCUACCGACGCGGGUCAAGAAGCAGUACGAAAAGGCCCUCGCCGCCGGCGACGCCUUCUUCUACCCUUCCGAGAAGAUCGCCAUCCUCCACGAUGACCUUCCCUCUGGUCCGGACGGAACUGGCAAGGGGUCGGGCGUCGAGUGGCAGGUCCGCAUCGUGCCCGCCCUCCUCAAAAAGCCCAAGGCCAACGGAGACCAGCCGCAGGGCGAGAAAGACUCGACGAAGGAUGAGAAGGACCAGGGGGCAGAGGGGAAAGAGGCAAAGCCGCAGCAGAACAAGCAGGAUGUCUUCGCACCGCCCUACGUACCCAACCUGCUCGUGCAAGAGUUUGGCGAGCAUGUCGUCCUGCUCAACAAGUUCUGCGUCGUACCUCAGCACUUCCUCAUGGUCACAAGAGACUUUGAGACGCAGAACCUGCCACCGUCGCCGGCCACGCUGGCGCUGGCCUACCGCAUCGUCACGGCCCACCGGUCGUCCGAGACCGAGCUGCUGGGCUUCUACAACUGCGGCCAGCUGAGCGGGGCGUCGCAGCCGCACCGACACCUGCAGUUUGUCCAGGCGCCGCCGCUCGACCUCAAUAACGACGAGGGCGACAAUGCGGACAUCGAGGCCAUUCUUGAGAGCGAUCACAAGGUCCCCGUCGAGGCGCUGCUCGACAGGAUCGAGCGGGACGGCAAGGAGCUCGACCACGUCCAUGCGCUUCCCCUCCCGUGGCAGCACUUUGUAGCGCUGCUGCAGCCGGAGAAGGAGGUGCGGUCGGACCCGGCCAAGCUGGAGCGCUACAUCGGCAACAAGUUCAUGGGCCUCCUCGACGCCCUCUUCCGCGCACGCACUUUUGCGGCGUCGGCGGCAUCCGAGGGCGGUGCUGCGACCGCGCCGAGCGACGACGAGCUCAAGGCCAUGCGCGGCCCGCCGAGCUUCAACAUCCUCCUGACCAAGCGGGCGAUGCACGUCAUCCCCCGCAGCCGCGAAGACUUCGAGGAUCUGCCGCGGGACUCGGAGGGCAAGGUGGGCAACCUCAGCAUCAACUCGCUCGGCUACGCGGGCUUCAUGCUGACGAGGUCAAAGGAGGAGCAGGAUGCGCUGAGCAGGCUCGACGGAGGCGUGCCGAAGGUGCUGGCCAAGACGGGCGUAGCCCCCGUCGCCGAUGUGACGGUGUCGGAUGGCCUUCCGACAAGCUCGUAA